GGUGACUUACCUUUUCAGCAGGAUUGAAAAAUAUUUAACUGAAAAUCUAAAAGAUCUCUUCUUAGUUCUUUCCCCUCUAAUUUGCUAAACAAUCUCAAACAAAUUCUCUUCACUGCAAAGUGCAUACGUACGUGGAAUUGAAAGAAGAAAAUGGAGAAAACGUCCCUCAAACUGACAUUCCUGGUUCUCUUGAUCCUUUUUUCUAGUGGGUCAUUUUCGACCGUGCUGGGAGUGGAAGGAAAAGUGUGUCGUAGUUUACAGGACUGCCCGAUUUGCGAAAGGGGACAGAGGAUCUGUGAUUUGGGGUUCUGUGGCUGUUUGGGAGGUGGCGUUGGGCCUCCUCCUCUUCGUUUUUGAAUAUUUUUCAUCGUGAUGGCAAUCAUGUAUUGAAUCUUAUGCAAAAACAAAAUGUAAUAAAGUCCCUCAUGAGUU